AUGAGGCAGCCUUCACAGCAUCAGCAGACUGCUCUGGCAGGUGCCCACCUGUCAGGUGUAUCAGCAAGGCCGCCCGGCGGCCUGCGCCUGUCGGGGCUUCUCAGCUCGCCCACUGCCUCUCCGGCUGGUCUGCAGCGUUACGGCAGCGGCAGUAGCAACGCCGGGUCGUCUAGGGAGAGCUUCGGUUCACGGAGACGACGGACUGACGAGGAGGGCAUGGGUCUGUACAGCCGCACGCGGCAGCAGCAGCUCGUCAACUUCAGACGCGUCAUUAGUGAUGUGUAUGAAGGCCGCCUAUUCGUAUCAGGGGCGGCUGCUGCUUGCAACCUACAGUGUUUGAAGCGAACCGGUAUAACUCACGUGGUCAACACGAUCGGUGACAUUUGUCCCAACGUCUUCGCUUCGCUUCUGACCUACAAGACAUAUUAUCUGAAGGACACACGGCAGCAGAAUAUCAUGUGUGUUUUUUAUGACUGCAUAAGGUUCAUAUCCGAAGCCAUAGACGAAGGGGGAGAGACUUCAGCUUCAGCCGUUGCUGCUACUGGCGCUUCUCCUGCUUCUGCCGGCGGUGCCGGUAGUCCCACAGGCAGCAACAGAAACAGUGGUAGCGACCACAGCAGCACCAGUAGCGACAGCAGCAGCAAGAAGCCCCACAAAGUGUUGAUACACUGCAAAGAAGGUGUGUCGAGGUCGGCCACUCUCGCAAUCGCUUUCCUUAUGUGGAAACUCCGCCUGCCUUUUGCUGAGACGUUUGAACGGAUGCGGAGUCGCCGUGCUAUUUGUAGCCCCAACACAGGUUUCACUUACCAGUUGCUGCUGCUGCAGAAGCGCUUAGGCUUGCAGCAUCCCCGGGCACCCAUCUCAAAUCUCGAUAUGGCUACUUCAAAGGAGGGACAGAGGGCGGGGUCUCCCUUGGAAGGCCCCUCCUCCCCAGUCGUGCCGGCUUCCGGCAGCCCCUCACCAAGGGCCACUGGGCGCCGUGCUCCUCCAUCAUCAAUCGCAUCCCUUGACUUGUCUAUUGCUGAUGGGCGUGAUGACAGAGCCUGUACCGCAGGGUCUCCACUCGAAGCAGACGAUGCAGGGACCGCCCCAAGGGGCCUCGGUCCCAGAGCCCCCCGCAUAUGUGCACCACCCAGACCUGGGGGAGACAGAGAGGAAGGCAGUGACGCGCCACCACAAGGGGAAAGCCCUUUCUCUUCAGUAGACGAUCCCCCAGCAGUGUCACCCCUCGCUCAACUAUCAGCGCCUGCUGCGGCAGCAAUUGCAGUAGCAGCAGCAUCCGCAAGGACGUGUUCUGCUGUGGAGGACUGCGUGUUGCUGCUGCAUCUUGUUGUGCAUUCGGCACACUCCCCCGACUUCCUACUUUGGUCAGAAAUAACAGAGUGGCGACCAGGAGUGCUGCCCUCAUUCUCGGAACACGGGGUGUACAUGCUGAGGGGCGGUGGCCAGGCUUGGGUAUGGAUGGACAGCAGCAAGUGCCUGCGCAAAGCAGCAGAAGUCGAAGAAGCGGCGCGGAACUAUCAAGAAAACGUAGCGCUUGUAGAACGGCGCAGUAUCCAGCUCCACUACAUUGCACCCGGCUCGGAGCCUUCAGCCUUUUGGCUCACUCUGGGUAUAGGGGAAGGAACCACACAUUUGGGUGUCCCCAACCUCCCCUCAGGAUUGGAGCCGAUGGUGCCAGAGAAAUCCGAGGAGCCGUUUCGUUGGAGAGACUACUGCGCCUUUGACCUCCCUGCGGAUUGGGGAGAAGUGGGAGCUGCUGAAGGGGCCUUUAUGGCUACUGGGACCCACCAAGACCCACCAGCGACUCAGGGACCGAGCAUGCUGGAAGGAGGUACAGAGGGGCUGUACAGGCCAUGUGAAGUAAAUCUAGGCCAACUACAGAGCAGCAGCAACACCAGCAGCAGAUUAUCUUCUGGUGUGCCCUCGGUGCGACGGUCACUCGAGCUGUUUGAGAACCCUGCAGAUGAGGUUUCACCACAAACAGCAGCAGGAGCCGGAGGAGCAGCAACGACAGCAGCAGCAGCGAGAAAUACAAAGGGAGUAGCUAUGCUUUUCUCUCUCCCUAACCUAGAAGAACCGCUGGGCCUCUUUGACUCAGAGGAUCUCUUACCAGACAGGGUUUUCCUGCUGGUGGCGGAGGGCAGCGAAGGCAGCGACUGCGGUACGACAGAUGCCACAGUAGCAGGGAAAGAAGCAGUCAGGGCGUGGCUGUGGGUAGGGGCCAAUGCAGAGUUUGACCCAGAGAGGGAUCAAGAAGCUGUGAAGGCCCAAGUGAUGGCUUUGCUUUUGCAGCUGGAUGGGGAGGAGUCCGAGACUUUCUGGAGUCACUUUGCCAAUGGUUGA